AUGCAAAGCACUGCAGGCGUCGGCACCAUGUUUUUUCUUUCCCCAAGACAAAUCUAUAGACAGUCGCUCUCGAUGGAUUCCAGAGAGGCAGCAUCACUGCUGGAGCCCUCGCGGAUUCGGGCACUACCUGAUGACGUGGUGAACAAAAUUGCCGCCGGUGAGGUCAUCCAGCGCCCCUGCAAUGCCGUCAAGGAACUAAUAGAGAACAGCCUUGACGCCGGUAGCACCAUGAUCCAGGUUAGCCUUCGUGGAGGCGGGUUGAAGAUGAUUCAAGUACAGGACGAUGGUCAUGGCAUUCACCCUAACGACCUACCAAUUCUCUGCCACCGCUUCACAACCAGCAAACUCCAGAAUUUUGAGGGCCUUUCAAAACUGCAAACAUUUGGCUUCCGUGGUGAGGCACUGGCCAGCCUGAGCUACGCGGCCUCCCGUCUCACGGUGACCUCACGGCCCCCAGCUCUGAGCUGUGCCUACCGAGCGGAGUACAACCAGGGCGCGCUCUCCACUUCUACCCCUACACCCUGCGCCUGCGCUGGCAACCCCGGGACCUGCAUUCAAGCUGAAGACCUCUUCUUCAACCUCCCCUCCCGUCGCGAAGCUCUUCGUUCCUCACGGGAGGAAUUUAUGCGAGUUGCUGAGGUGGUUGCUAGGUAUAGCAUCCACUACGCAGGUAAAUGCGGUUUCUUUCUGCGUUCGCUCGAUCGUAAAGCAGGUCCUGGAGCCGGCCCUAUGUCUACUGGGGGUGACUUCCGAAUCCCAAAAGAUUGGGACAAAGUUCACGUUAUUCGUGCCGUGUUCGGUGAAAAAGUUACAGGUGACAUCUUGCCCUUAUCACACAAUCAGGACUUCGAUUCUGCCUCGGUUCGUCUCGUAAUCGGUAAAUUGGGUCUCAAAUUCGAGGGCCUUCUCUCCAACCCGGAUAAAAUCACCUCAGGUUGUCUUUUUUGGACUACUGAAAUUGACGUGAGCAGUUAUACCUUGUUACUUAUUCGUAUUCUCCUUGCAGAGGGCACACCAUCAGUCCAAUUAGUGCUCUUUGUAAACAACCGGUUAGUCGAAUGCACCUCCGUGAAGCGAGCUGUGGAGGCGGCCUACGCAGCUCUUCUACCACACCGGGCCGCUCAGCUUUAUGUCGGCCAGACGCGCCCUGCGGUGGUCACUUCCUCCACUGCCUCCUUGUUUGCCUAUCUGAGUCUGGAAAUGCCCACAACAUCGUUGGACGUUAAUGUGCAUCCAACCAAAGCCAAGGUUAACUUUCUUCAUGAAGGCAUGCUCAAGACAGGUUCCCAAGAAGACGAGGUGGGAGGUGCGAAAGUCGACAACACUGUGCGAGUGCUUGGGAAAAAGGCGCCACUUUGUGGACUUUACGCCUCAAGGAGAUUUGAGUCCGACCUUGUGCAGGGGGCUGCCAAACGUCUCUCCUUUUCUAAUGCACGGGAUGAAAUAGCGACAGGGAUCAAAGAUGCCAUAGAACAGUCCCUAGUGCGCUCCUCUGGCUCUCGGAAUAUUCUCUUUCGCUCCCUAUUUCUCAAGGAUUUCCAGGACGAUCAUCAUCCGUCCACACCUCCUCCCUCUUCUCGUCCAGUCUUCACCAUCCCCACUCGCACGCCCUCGCCCACACUCCGAACUCCUGCCUCCUCUCCAAGCCCCCGCCUUACCACCCACAUGUACCGCCCCGAACGGCUGAUCCGCACAGAUGCUCGCGAUCGACGUCUAGAAGCUUUUCUCAAUCCUUCCCUUACACCUCCCCAGAAGCCACAACCAGUCAGCCCUGAAGUCAUCUCAGACGCUGAGGUUUCCCCUCCCAAACCGGCGGCACCGGUUCCGGAGACUACUUACUUACAGACUAGCGAUACAGUCGCGUUAUCUACAACGCCCGUCUCUGAUGAACUGCGUCUGCGCAGAGCAAGAAGACCUGUGCUGCUUGAGUCAGUGCUGACAAUGAGAGAGGCAAUAGAGGCCAGGGCCUCUGCGGAUGCGCGCUCUCUAUUGCGAGAAUGUGUCUUCGUGGGCUGCGUCAGUCGCUCCAACUGUCUCGUUCAGCAGUCCACCAACCUGCUGCUCAUGCGGCUUCACCCCCUUGCGAGGGAACUCUUUUACCAGCUGAUGGUCGCCAAUUUCGCUAAUCAUGGAGAGAUGUUGCUAUCCACUCCGGCACCAGUUCGUACUCUGCUAAGUCUGGGGUUGAGAAGAGCUUUUUCGAAGACCUCGGCCGGUGAAAUCGCGGUGAUUGUGGACAAGGGCUGUUCCAUUCUUGAAAAGCGGAGCGCCAUGUUGUGGGAUUACUUCUCCAUGAAGGUGGAGACUGAUGAAUAUGGUGUCCUGCAACUCUAUACCCUCCCAUUUUUAAUGGAUCGUUUCAUCCCAGAUAUGCGGCACCUUCCCACCUUCCUGGCUCGGCUUGUUAGGGAGGUUAAUUGGAACGAGGAGGGGGCUUGUUUUUCAGCUAUCUGUCGGAUUACGGCGAGCUUUUAUGCAAAACGGGUGAAAGAUGCAGUGAAACUGAAGCCGGCAAUGGGUGAGAGGUGUGAUUCCACUUUAGCGAAUUCGUCUGACUCCUCGAUAAAUGAAUCGGAUGAGAAGGAGGGGAGAGACGUGGAGACUGUGGAGGGUGAUCAGAGUUCCACUUCGUGGAGUUGGACUGUUGAACAUGUGUUGUUGCCAUCAAUUCGAACGGUCCUGCUGCCCAGUCACACCAUGUGCUUCCCGACUAAAGAGGAAAAAUCUCCGGCUCUUCUUAAGCUCACAUCCCUACCAGAUUUAUAUAAAGUGUUUGAGCGUUGUUGA